UUCAUAAAAAAACUACAUAACCUGUUCGUAACUGCUAGGUCGCGUUAAGUUUCGAUUGUUUCGCAUUGCCACAAUUCAUUACAACAAACAUUAUCUCGUUUUUGGCUUUCAGUAAAUAGAAUAGUUGAUCUUUUUAAUAUUACUCAUUUGGAAGAAGGGAAGAUGGGAUUUAUUUGUUUUUUACUACUUGUCUUUGGUUUAAGUUCAACGCUGGCACAGAAUAACGUUACUAACGCUACCCAGGCACAGCCUACACCAGUGGCCAAGACUUUAACACCGGCAAAGACUACACUACCACCGGCAAAGACUACAGCACCGGCAAAGACUACAGCACCGGCACCGACUACGGCACCACCUCCAAGUUGUGAACGCAAAAAUGCCACUAAUUGUGAAGAAUGCUUGGCAAAUGUGUCUUGUCUAUGGUGCAUCAAGACUAAAAGUUGUUUGACAUACCCUGCCAAAAAUAUCUUGCCUCCCCAAACCCUCUGCCCACUCAAUGAUGCUCGCUGGGGUCUUUGCUCAAUGAACUUCCAGAGCUUGAUAAUUGCAUUGUCAGUGAUUGGGGCGAUCCUCAUCAUUGCCCUUUUUAUCUGCAUAUUCUGUUGCUGCAAGUGUGAGAACAUUGGAUCCUCUCGAUUUGACAACAAGAUGAACCGGCGGGCAGAUAAAACAAAGACAAAACAAGAGCAGAGAAAAGAAGAGUUAAAGACAAGACAUGACGAGAUUCGACAAAAAUAUGGUCUCAGCAGAGCAAGUCCGUAUGCCAGAUUUGAAAAUCCCAACUAAUCGGUUUCAAUGUUUUAUGGAUAAAUUCUUUAACCAUUUAAAAAGCAUUAACAGGAAUGAGAUUCUUCAGUCACAGAAUACAACUUAAUGAGCCAUUCCACCGAACCGGUGCCAUUUGCAUGUUGUAACUCGUCAAAAUUGAAGUUCAUUUUUAUCUUUACUAAACAUUGAAUGUAGGAACACUAGAAUCUCUGCUUUUAACAUGAUUUCUGAAUGGAAGAUGUACGUAUUUUAGUUGAAGGUAACAAGAUUUUUUUAGCAUAGAUUUAGCAAAUACAUAAAAUAUAACU